AUGGACUACCAUAGUCCUGAAGGUUCAACUUCACGGCUGGCUGGCAUGGUACCAAAUCCAACCGAUCUGUCUCGUCGGCUUGAAUCUACUCAACAAGAGCAGCAAACAAAGGACAAUUGGAGUGACGAUGAAAAUUCAACUGCCACUCCGUCACGAGCCCCUAAUAACAGUAUUCCUCGAGUUGACUUUCAAACUAGUACUCAAUUGUUGGAGACCUUAUCUCCCUCACCUACCAAUAGGUCUCCCGUGAACCUUCAAUGCUGUUGUGGUGACGAGGAUUGCCCAAACCUGGCUGCAUUUUUAAGAAGUAUAAAAUCCGUGGAAGACCAACUAAGAUUAGCUGCUGAAAUUGGGCAAGCACUUUUACAGCAGCAAGGUGUAUAUCAAGAAGAAAUAAAAGAAUACCAGCAAAAGUUAGAGCAUCAGUGUGCGCGAUAUCAGCAGAAAAUCGCGGAACUUGAAGAUUUAGUGCAUGACCUUGAAAGUUCACAGCGAACUUUGUCCUUAGAAAAAGAUGAUGCUACAAGACAGAAAAAUAUUUUAGAAAAUAAAAGUGAUGCGCUUACAGAAGCUCUUGAAUCCAGUGAUAAGAGAGUUGUAGAAUUAACAAAUGAACUUGAACGACUUGAUAAUGAAGUUAAGCGUCUCAUGGCAAAUCACCUUUUGGGUGAACGAAUUGAAGAGAGAGAAGAAAUGUUAAGUAGACAAUUGGAAGAUUUAAAGCAAGAGCUUCAGGUAUCAAGGAAAGCGGAGUUUGCCGCAGAAUCGAAAGUAAAAAAAUUACAGGCAAAAUAUGAUCAACUUUGUAUUAAUUUGGAAAAGCUAGAAAAGGAACAACAAGGUUCUCGAAAAUCAAGAGGAAAAUUAGAAGCAGUAGCUAUGCUUCGUGAAUCAAAAUCGCCACAACAAAAUCUUAAUAACGAGGCCAACUCUCAUCUUAUCGCUCUUAUUAAAGAACUUUCUUCAGCGAAUAAUAAAUUAAAAUCUGAAAUUAGCGAAUAUCGUGAUCUUCUUUCAGAAUCUCGUAAUGAAGUGAGCAGUUUGCAAAAUCGAAUUGAAGAUUUCGAGACAGCAAGUACGACAGGCUAUUUCCAUCCUAGUAGCUACGCUACGUCUGCAUUCCAGCCGCUUGCCAAUGAUGAAAUGGGUGAAAAUCAACCCAGUUCUAUGAACGCUUUUAUGGAAGAACCUGGUGAUAUGUCUAAUAUUAUACCUGAUACUGGUGAUAUGUCUAAUAUUAUACCUGGUACUGCCGCUCGUCCAAUUAUGUCACCCAAUCCUUCGUUUGGUCCUGGUUCAUAUAACACAUUCAAUAGCUUGGGCGUUGAUCCUUCUGUCCAUUCUCCUGUAGGAUCAGUUGUCUCUUCUUCGAUAGGGAACGUAUUUGGUGAGCUUGAAAAAUACUAUAAAAAACCAAAAUCCAGGGGACCUAAAAUCGUACGUGGCCCGAAAAGAAGCAGAAGAGGAGCAAUCCCUGAAUUCGAUGAAAAAGCCGAAGAUCAACUUAAUGAUGAAAAUAUCGCUCAUACUGAUGCUAAACAAAAGAAAUACACUCGAUCUGAAGGCUACGAAAGUGCAUCAGGUGCAUCAGAUCAAUGUUAUAAUAAUGAACCCAAUGAAGAG